AUGGCGUGGCUUUCUUUCGGGAUCUUGCUCAGCCUCAUCUGGUGCAACAGUGGUGUCCCAAUGCCCAACUUGACCAUCCACCCCAAGGCCCCGCUGGUGGAGCUUGGGGGGUCCAUCCAGUUGACCUGCUCCAUGGACUGCCCCGGAGGCAAAGUCCAAUGGGAAGGUCUGGACACUGACCUGGGCAACGUGGUCUCCAAUGGCACCCACAGCGUCCUGACUGUGGCCAAGGCCAGCGUCCACAUGGAUGGCGAGAAGCGCUGCGCGGGACAGUGCCGGAAAGAGUCAAACCAGCGCAAAGUGUACCUGCAAGUGUAUGCCUUCCCAGAUACUUUGCAAGUGGAAUCCCAGCCUCCAAUCCUGACGUCCAGAGAGGCGGCCCAGCUCGUCUGCUCCAUGAGCCAUAUCUACCCUCCCGGAGUGCUGACCCUCAACUGGUUCCAAGGGGCCCGAAGACUGGAGGCUGCCCUGGAGGAAGAGGAGGAAAUGGAGGGCUCCCCAGAGCAGCUCUUCCUGUAUCGAUCCGUCCUGGAAGUCCCAACACCAAUAGAAGGCACAUCCUACACAUGCAGAGCCACUCUGGAGGUCGGACAGCAGAUGUUCUCCAAAGAGAAGGUGGCCAAUAUCAGCCUCCAAGCUCCGCAGAGAGCACCCAUCGCGACCUCAACCCUUGAGACUGUGCGAACAAGUCAUGGGGUUCAUCCAGAUCCAUCCACCACCGAGAUCUCAUUGUUAGCAAGCACCAAUGGUCUUCCCCAUACUACCGCCACAUCUGCCGUAACAUCAAAAGCUGUCCCUGCAACAGAAACCAAGAGCCCCGGUUCAACGGUGUCAAAUAGACCUCUCUCUCGUAUUGUGGAGAUGUGGAGUAAGUCCCCAGAACCUGAGACUCGGGGCAACUCCACCUCAGCUGUGCUGAACAUGACCAAGGAUUCGGCAAGACCUGAGGUUACCAUCAGACCUUCUCCCACAUAUGAUGGCCGUCUCCCCACAGUUAAGGUCCAUCCUUCCCUUGAAGAAGACCGCUGCUGGCCAUUUGUCAAGCUCACCCCUCCUCAAGGCACCGUGGGCGUAUCCCUUCGCAUCUCGUGCCACUUGGCAGACUGCAGAGACAGUGCUGAAAUCCAUUGGGAAGAAACGCCAUUGUCACCGGCUCAUUACAAGGUUGAAGAAGCUGAGGGAUGGUCCACCUUAACUGUGGAGAGGGUCGGCCCGGAACAUCAAGGGACUUAUCGCUGCGUCGCAAAGACCAGUCCGAAACGCAUGGCGACUGCCCAAGUCAUUGUGUCCAAUGCUCCCAUCAGUCCGGACACCCUCAUCUCCAUUGGAACGGCUGGGUCUCUCCUAGGGUUGGUUGUCACCGGAUACGUGUCCCAUCGCAUUUGCCGAAAGCGAGGAGGCUAG